CGGCGCGGGGCCCAUCCGGACCUCGGGCGCAGGCGAGCGCGGGGCCCGGAAGCGGCGACGUUUGCAGGCCCGGGACGCAGUCGCCCUUGGCUUAGUUAGGGGGAAUGUCCGUCUGGGCCUGACUCUCCUUGGGUGGGGAGACGGGGUGAAGGUCUUAGUAUUUUGGGGGAAGCCACCUCCACCAAUCUGAGAAUCUUUUGUAUGAAAGAGCUCAGUUACCCGCCCAGGGACGUUUUUGGAGACUCGUGCUGUUGGCGAGGGAAGGCUUUACAAGCCCUGAAUCACUGUUUUCUCUUGUCGUUACGACAACGAAGAGGUUAGGUGUCUCAGGCAGUAAUAAUGGGACUUCCGGGGCUAAAUCCAGUUUGCAUUAGAUGUUAGAAACACUGAAAUUUAUUUUGGACAUUUAUGAAUACUGGUUUUCUCAAUUUAAGUUAGAAGAUAAAGGUUCCUUUUGGAAACGUUUUGUUUCUAAGGUAUUAAAAUGUGCACCACAGUGUUGUUAUUCUCGGUCCUAUGACUAAGUUCUAGGGGUGGGAAUAUGAAAAGCAUUAAUGAGUGUAACAGUCCCAAUAAUUCACAUGCUGUAUAAAUAGCACGCAAAAAUGUUGAGGAGGAACUCUUGAUAAGUAACUGGGAAAGAGUCGUGGUUCUAAAUUUGAGUUUAUCUUUAAGAAAAGCCUCAGCUGUCAGUAUUACAGUAAUGGUGAAAUCCUGGACAUAAAAAGCUUUGAGUGAAUAACCCCUGCGAUGCUGCUUCUAAAUUUAUCUUUCUUUCCCCCAUCAUUCUUGUAAGUGUGAAAAUACUUAACCUGGCUUUGUUUUUUUUUUUUUUUUUUUAAUUUUGAAGCUUGUUUAUGGUAUACUUAAUCAUAUUUAGUUUUGGUCCAUAUUUAGCUGGUAGCUACCUGCAAAUUUCAUCAGAUCGCCCUUGUGAAAAGUACCUCGGAAAAGAUGCAAUAGAUUUCAAAGAAUAAGAUUUUUAAAAAAAAAAAAAUCUUGACAUAAAACUGUCUAGAGUAAGAUUAUAUACACACACCAAAGGAAAUAUACUAGUAUACUAAGUAGUAUAUUCUAACAUUUUCUUGAUAAGUCAGAGUUGUUAACUACACUGUUCUAGCCGUGCAGUUAUGACCUUAGGAACUUUUAGGCAUGAACGGUUGAUUUGUGCAUAUUUUGUGUAUUUGAAAUCAACCCUGAAUUCACUGUAUGAUCUUCACACAGCUUUUGAAGCUGUUUCCUCUCAUCGUAUCUGAUGUGUGACUCUUAAGAACAAGUAUUGCCCCAGUGUUUUUAAUCAUUAAUCCUGGCUUCUGUACAUAGUUCAGUCAGCUUCAAAUGAACAAAGCUUGUAGACUUUAUGACAUCUCUUGCCCUUGCCCUAGUCCUAGUAACAUGAGAUAAUGUACGUAAAAAUCCUAAGGCACACAACUGACCUACUCUCCUUACCACUUUGUCUCAGAGAUAUUUUUGCUUUUUAGUUAAAGGUAAAAGAUGAUUAUGGUUGUUGGUAUAAUUGACCUGAUUAAGUUGGAAAGUCACCAGACAGAUACGUAAGAUGAAUAGUAACACUUUUUAAUGGUUUUAGGGAAUUGUACAGAAUACAGUGUUUGUUUAUGCUUAUAAGAGUUUUUAUCUUGGAAUAAAAGUCCAGUAAAAUUAGUGGUGGUUGUAUUUAUCUUAAAUAUGAAUUACUGUAAAAGGGUAUUGAAUUAAAUAGAAUUAUCUUCUUGGAGAGCCUUUAUAUCUUUUUUUAAAUUUGAAAAUUUGGGAAAAAAUAAGAACGUUACUUUAUAUUUUAAAAAGAUUAGAUAACGCUGUCCUCACUUGUAAAGUCAAAUUGGGUUAUUUGACCGCAGAUGGGUCCCUUUCUGCUCUUAAACUGAGGUUCAUUUUGUCUUUCUGCACAAAGUGACUUUUUUUAAUGAUUAAGGUUUUUGCUUGCCAGAAUUUGAGGACAUUUAUAAGUUUUUUUCCUCUUAGAUGUGAUUGGUUGAAAUAAAGAAAUGAAUAUUCAGAAAAAGCAAAGUCCAGGAUAAUGUAUAAUAAGUUAUUUCCCCUUCAAACCAAACCAAACCAAACCCAUUGUCGUCAAAUCGAUUCUGACUCAUAGCGACCCUAUAGGACAGAGUAGAACUGCUCCAUGGGGCUUCCAAGGAGCGCUAGUGGAUUCGAACUGCCACCCUUUGGUUAGCAGCCGAGCACUUAACCACUGUGCCACCAGGGAUCCAGAAGACCUGAACAUCUUAAUGUUUUUAUUGCCAGCUGAUGAAGUGGUAGCUUACAUUGCGCUUCCCUGGUGCCACAGUCACGAUAGAGUUUCUCUUUUGGGAAACAGUUUCUCAUUUACCUCAUAAAAUGGAAAAUCAGAGACUUACUUUAGUGGAGGAAGUGAAAGAGAAUUUUGACAAUGGGAAAGGGAGAAGCCAGUUAAUCAGCCACAGGCUGUUAGAUCUUUGGCACCAAGUCUCUGAGCUGUGUUAUGACAGCAUGUAGUGCCCGUGAGAAAGCAAUCACUUAAAAACAAAAGUAGAACUCCUCUCCCUCCAGCUUUGAAUGUAAAUGGCUGCAGGCAAUAAUCUGAGGCUUUAUUCCUUCUUACAGGAAACUUUAGGACACUCUUCAAAGCGUUGGUUCUCAAUGUCUUCUGUGUCUCUGCGUUUUAAGGAACAGUACACUCUUCUCCCAGGAUAGUUUUUUUUGAAAAAGGCUCCCCUUUCCUGAUAGAGAAUCAGACUGCUGAUUUUGAUCCUCCCUUCCCUGGCUGAGAAUCGCUCCUUCACAGGAGACACGGUACUGUAUGACAGUCGGCGUACAGUUUGUAGAAUGUCUAAAGCAUCGUUACAGAUGGUCACUUAGAGUAUUUGCUCAUCCAAAGAUGUCUGCAGUUAUCUCUUGAUAAAAAUAACCACAACUGAAUUUACUUUUUCUAAGUUUUGAAGUACUAGUAGAUUAGCCUAGGAGACCGAAUAUUAUAGCUAGAGGCAGUUUACUGUUUUCAGCUGUCCUUAAUCAUUAGGACUAUAGCCUUUUAAAUACAGAAGGGACCUUAGAACGCCUCACAUCUGUCAGGCAAGGCUCUUGGGGCAGAAAUUAGUCCAGGACUCAGGGCCCCAGCUGCCCAAUGCAGUCUUGUUUGUUCUAGUUCGUCAGCGGCUGCCCCCCUUUUACAUACACUUAAAUCUGGCUGUUCUCAGGAGCUUGUGCUGCAGGCUAACCUGGCAUUUAGAGUAUUAUAAGCUAUUCCCAUCUUUCAUGCAAGCGUUCCUAGAAAUAUGCCAGUUGUGCAAAAAGUUACCUAACGUCGUAUAAGGCUUAUUGUUCCCGGAGGACAAACAUUAUUUAAAAUCUCUAAUUACACCUUACUUUUGAAAGAUAUGUUGAACAGUAUCUUCCCAGAAUUCCAAACGGAAUUUCCUGAACUACUAAAGAGAUGGCAGGUUUAAGUGGAGCGUGCUUUCAGCGGAUGUGAAAGGUUAAUCACUUUUGCGUAGCAAGUGAUUUCCGUGGUGGUUUCGCUUUUUGUGCUUGAGACCUGUUCAUCUGUCACUGGUAUCAGCACUUUCUUUUCAUUUUUUUCCCCCCACUCAGUAAAUAAAGGCAAUAUACGAAUACGAAAAUACACGGAAGUCGUCUGUGUUUACCAGCCUUCACUACCAGAGUCAGGUUCCUUGGAGACAGAGCAUGGUUUAAUUAUCUGUGUACUCCCAGUUGCCUAGCAGAGAUCAGCUCACAAAAAUCUUUAUUGAAGUGAUCCAUUCUUUGCAGGGAAAGGCUUAAAUGGCUGAAAGAGGUAGUUACAGAGAUCAGGAGUGAGAUAGAAGUGUCAGUGUGUUUAUUCUUCACUGGAGGCCUGUCCUCCUGAAGAGGAUUGCCUGUGGUCACUAACUCUGCAUUGUGAUCAGUGAGGGGAAAAUGGGGCAGUCCUGGACCACAGAACAAACUGCAAAGCAUGGUGUAAGUCUCUGAAACACCAACUCUUCUGACACAGUGCUUGGCACAUGGUAGGCAGUUGCUAAGUAUUUGUCUAACAUGAACUCCUUCACCCAGGAGCUAGCUUAAUGCCUACGUGGCUCUAAAGUUUCAGCUCACCAGUCUAUACUUCAUUCACCUCGUAGGUACAGAGCUUAGCUGUGCUGUGGUCCUUUCUCGCAUAUGGAUUUCUCUCUACAGUUUGAGGUGACUAUGUGCUGUCCUUCCACCUAGUUCUCCACCUCUGGAGAAUAGGCCUCAGUCAAGUAGUCAUAGAAUGUUGGAUUGUAUAAAGGUGUGUAGAGUAUAUUUGUGUAGAACAUAUAAAGCAAUCUUGAGCUAUAAAAAGUUUAAAUAUUUUUAUUCUUUAGAAACAGUAUGCGCAAAGUGGCAAAACCCAGGUUUUUAAACUUAGACUUUUUAAUAGAAGUCUUUGAAUAAUGCAGUCUAACCUUUUCUGAUUUUGACUUUAAGAUUUUCAAUUGUAGGAAAAACAAUUUAACUCUGUGUAAUGUCAUUUUUUUUUUAAAUUUCUUCUAUUCCCAUGUACCAGGUUUUUUUUCUUUUUUUUAAUAAAGACAAGGAGAAAUGUUCUUUUAAAUGUUGUUAAGAAUUUACAUGAUAUUGAGAUAUGGCUUACUUUGUUCCCUUGAAUAUGACGAAAAGAAUUGUAAUGAAAAUGGCAUUUAUGAUCAUUGUAGAAUUUAGAUGACUUGCGUAGUAUCUAAUGGUAUGCUGACAUGUAUGCAUGCUUUUCAUCCUGUUCUGCUGUUUUUAAAGUUGGAGUGCUUAAUAGAGCUGGUGAGAGCUGGAGCCACUCUGAACGUGUCCACCACGCGGUAUGCCCAGACGCCAGCCCACAUUGCUGCUUUUGGAGGACAUCCUCGGUGCCUCAUCUGGUUGAUUCAAGCAGGGGCCAACAUUAACAAACAGGAUUAUGAGGGUGAAACCCCCAUUCAUAAGGCGGCUCGCUCUGGCAGCCUAGAUUGCAUAAGUGCCCUUGUGGCCAACGGAGCUCAUAUCGACCUGAGAAAUGCCAGCGGCCUGACGGCGGCAGACAUUGCGCAAACCCAGGGUUUUCAGGAGUGUACCCAGUUUCUCUUGAACCUUCAGAAUUGUCAUCUGAACUGUUUCUAUAACAAUGGCACCUUAAAUGGGGUUCAUCAGAAUGUAUUUCCAAAUCAUGUUAGUAUGGGAACAAACCGAAAGAGGUCCUUGGAAGAUUCGGAAUCCGUUGGUGUAAAGAAAGCUAGGAUUGAAGCUCAUAGCUCGGGUCUCUGCAUGCCUCUAGUGAACGGCGAGGCCGAAGACGAUGCGGACAAAAUGCACGUUGAUAGAGAGUUCGCUGCUGUAACAGAUAUGAAAAACAGUAGCUCCGUAUCGAAUACGUUGACAAAUGGAUGUAUCAUCAAUGGACAUUUGGACUUCCCCUCCACGACACAGCUCAGUGGGAUGGAAGACAGAAAUGACCAGUGCUUAACAGGAUCUAAUGGCAUUAGCGAUGGACUGGUUCCUGGACCGCCGUGUGGGGGCGUUAAUAGCCCCGAGGAGCCAGAGAGGACUGUGAGCGGUAACUCUGAUCUCUGCGGUUCUCUGCAUCUCAACGGUAGUCCAAGCAGCUGCAUAGCUAGUCGGCCCUCCUGGGCGGACGAUAUUGAGGAGAAUCUGCAUUACGGACAUUACCACGGAUUUGGGGACACUGCGGAAAGCAUCCCUGAGCUUAACAGUGUCAUAGAGCAUUCCAAUUCUGUUAGAGUGGAGGAGAGAUAUGACAGCGCCAUCUUGGGUACAAUGCACCUUUAUCAUGGCUCUUAGAAAUUUCUGGCCCGUCUUUGAUCUGAAAUGCAUUAAUCCUGCCUGUCAACCAACUCAAAAUGUUAAUGUAGCAUUAACGUGAAGGAAUGCCACAACUUGUACUUUUUCUUUUAAUGUACUUUACUGACAAAGGAACCUUUUAUUGAACAGUUUCCUACUUAGUCCUAGUUAGUGCAGGAGUAGGGCUUACCGAGUAUGGAGGUGUAUAUACAGUGGGACAUCAGUAGGGCUUACCUAGUACAGAGGUGCAUACACAGUGGGACAUCAGCCCUUUUAUAAGAUGCACUCUUGGAAUUUAGUUUUUCUGUCACCAAACUCAAUAUUUCCUUUUAAUACCGUCACCAGAAAUUGUUAUAUUUCCUUUUGUCGGAUUAAAUUAUACCUGUUCAAGGUAAACUAGGAGGCAGUAAAUGAGGUGCCUGGUAAAUUUAUUCACAUGUACAUCGGUUCGCAGAGCUUGCCUUUACUAUUUCCUGUUGGGUUCUUGACAGAGCGCAGCUGUUUCCCUACGCAGGCUACAGCCUUACAGCGGAUUUCUUGCAGUGAUUUGUAUGAAGAGAAGAAGUUGUCUUUCUCAAUGUCAUUAGAUGCUACCUUUGUAACUUGCCAUGUGGUGAAGAUUUUAGUUGUAAACACACACCGUGGAUUGGGGUAUAAAUGGUCUCCCCAAAUGAUGUGAAGUAGAUCACUGCCUUGUGUUUCACUGAAAACAGGCCAGCCUGGAACUUUUGAUUUAUUGUAUUUUUAUUCUGCAUUUCCUACUUGGUCUCUGGAGUUUUUACCACAGAUAACAGUUUCCUUGACAUGUAGUAGAAAUCACUAUUUGCAGGAACUGUCAGGUGAAAAUAUUUAACUAUUUUGACUUCUAUUUUCUUUCUUCCUUAGUUUUACUUUUUGGGGGUUUUCUGCUUUAAAAUAUAUACUGCUAUGUAUAUCCAGUUAAGUGAGAGAAUUUUUAAUCUCGCUCAAUAAAACUGCAUUAAGUUUAUGGUUUUAUAGAUGUUAAUUUUGUUUAGACAACUUAGUGGUUACACUGUGCAAAUAUUGUAAUAGAUUUUUACUUUUCUGAUUUUUGUAAUAAAAACUGGUAAAGAUAGAUAAAAUGUCAAAGGGAUAAA